CCUAGGACAAGGAGUCAUCUGACGAAGGCGCUCUGCACGGCGCUGGGAGGCAUGGUGAGUGCCUGGCUCUGCCUCGCCCUCCCGCGGACGCUGCCGUGUCUAUGGCGUCCGCCUCUUAGCGUCCGGAGAGAGCGAGAGAGACCUGCACAGAGACCGAGUCCCGACUCGAGAGGGAGCGUCGCGCCCCGUCGGGAGUCGAGGCUUUGUGAGCGACUUCGAGGGCAGCGAGAGCCGGGUGGGGUCGUGCCUGUAAGUCCGUGCCCGAGUCGCUGAGUCGUGCUCGAGUCUGAAGGAAGGUUGAAGUUAGAUUGAUAUCGCGAUGUCACGGAACACACGCCACCGGAAGCUCCGUGCGGGGCUCGGAAUGUGCUCUGCUCCGGCCGAGUGCGUGUCAGACCACGUGCUUACAGGUGUCAUGUGCCAGGGAGCGGGUCCGUCGGCGGGGAGCGUCGUCAGAAGUUCCUCUUCGCUCUCCGCCUCUCGCCGAAGGAACUUCCGAUCUCGCCGUCCUUCUACAGGUCCCGCUGAUCCCAAAGAGUCCCAGUUUCGAGCGGCCCUGCAAGCGGCACGGGAGGCGGCCCCAAUGCAGCCGUAGCGCGGGCGGCGGCCGGCGGGAGGAGGAGGAAGGGCGGCGCGACGGAGCGCUCGAGGUGAAGGAGGGUCAGAGUGCCACGCGCACACGUCCGAACUGCACCACCACA